CUAUUGCAUGAAACCGGCAUUACUUGAGUCGAGAUACCAAGAAUCAACAAUGGAUGGCGUGUCUUCGAGUGAUCUCGAUGGGUCUAUUUAAGUAGAUGGUCGAGAUUCAUCCAUUUACCAUCGCUUCGGUUGCCGAUAGUCCAAAUGCAAAAGAACGGGCAACAGGACGAACAAGCUUUUCGAUAUGGCUAGUAACGAUAUGGGUCCUGAGGAUAAGGAAAGUUUCUGUGAUAGUUGAGGGACCUUACGGCGGUCUAGGCAAUUGGAUGAAAGCGAGCUUUUCGGCUAUAGUUCUUGUAGUUGGCGGAAGUGGUAUCAGUUUUUCCACCUCGAAGGUGGACGAGAAAGUCGUGUCAAGCUUAUCGAGCUGAUCUGCCAGACCGUGCAAGAUGCUUCCUCCCUUGUUUCUAUGCCACCAUUGCUUACGACCAUGAUCCAAGGACUCCCAUAUCAAUUCACAUUUCCGUCUUCUACAGCCGAGCCCAGGUCGAGCCACAACUGGCAAAUUUCCUCUUUGCGGAAGGCUAUUUCGAUUCCCCCUGUCUUACUUUAUCACCUGGUCGUCCAAUACUCCACAUUCUUCCAAGAAACAAUCGACAGUACUGCCAAGGCAGCGAUAUCAGAUGAAUGAUAUAGACACGCCUUCGGGUUUACUCGUUGGAAUCUGUGGUCUUGUGAAUUUAGUGGAGAGCGUGCACGCUGCAGUUAGCAAGGUUGGUACGCAGCGGAAGGAUGAGGUGGGG